AUGGAAGCUAUAGAUGGAGAUAAAAAUCAGAUUUUCUUCGUAGAUGGUCUAGGUGGUACAGGUAAGACCUUAUAUCGUGCCAUUCUUGCAACUGUUAAGCUUAGAGUGAAAUUUGGUCUUGCUGUAGCUAGCUCAAUUAUUGCUUCCACGUUAUUACAUCGAGGUAAAACAACUCAUAAAACUUUGUGGAUUCCAGUAACAUUGCAUGCUUCAUUAAUGUGGAAGUUUAGCAAACAAGAUGUUGAAGCACAAUUGGUAAAGCAUGCAGCUGUUAUUAUAUGGGAUGAAGCUACUAUGACUCACCGACAUGCAUAUGAGGCUAUAGAUCGCAGCUUGAGAGAUCUAAUGGAGGUUGACUUUCCUUUUGGUGGCAAGGUUUUAGUAUUUGGUGGAGAUUUUAGGCAAAUUCUUCCAGUUGUAACUAAAGGAACAAAAGCUCAAACCAUUGAUGCAUGUUUAGUUAAAUCAACACUUUGGAGGCAUGUUCAGCAACUUCACCUCACUCAAAAUAUGAGAUCCAGACAUGAUGAAGAAUUUGCAGCAUUUCUUUUAAGAGUUGGUGAUGGAAGGGAAACUGUAGUUAAUGAAGACAUGAUUAAAUUACCAUCUUCAUUAUGCAUCCCAAAUGGCAACCAGAACUCGAUUAUAACUUAA